UGAGAGUUUUAACAAUGGCGUGGCCGUGGCGGGGGGCUGCCGCUCUCUGCUCGAGUCCUGAACCAGAAAACCACCUGUAAACAUCGACUUGGAGCAUAUCGGCGAUUUGAAAAGUAUUUAUACGGUUAAAAUGAUAACGGACAGAGUAAAUCUCCGCUGAAGCCUGCUCUUCAAACUGUGUCAAACUGCUGGACUGUCGCUGGAAGCGCUUUGCCAUGUCGUUACUGUGUGUCAGAGUAAAAAAAGCCAAGCUCCAAGGACCUCCAGACAAGUUCAACACCUACGUGACGCUGAAGGUGCAGAAUGUCAAAAGCACGACUAUCACAGUGCGGGGAGAUCAGCCCUGCUGGGAGCAGGAUUUCAUGUUUGAGAUUAACCGGCUGGACCUCGGCCUCAUUGUUGAGGUGUGGAACAAAGGCCUCAUCUGGGACACCAUGGUGGGGACAGCCUGGAUUCCUCUAAAGAGUAUCCAACAAUCAGAGGAGGAGGGUUCAGGUGAGUGGCUCUUUCUGGAUGCAGAGGUCCUGAUGAAGGCUGAUGAGAUAUAUGGCACCAAGAACCCAACGCCUCAUCGAGUCCUGCUGGACACUCGCUUCGAGCUGCCUUUUGACAUCCCAGAUGAUGAGGCACAGUACUGGACAGGCAAACUGGAGCGCAUCAAUACCAUGAGAAUCGAUGAUGAGUACCCUCUUCAGGAUGAUGUUCAGAGUCGCCCACUGCCAUUUGCGGCUUCCCAGUGCUGCAACUAUUUCGGAUGGGCUGACCCACUGACUCUGGAUGACCAGGACAGUGCUGUAGAUGACCGGGAUAGCGACUACCGCAGUGAGACGAGCAACAGUCUGCCUCCACGUUAUCAUACAACGGCUCAGCCAAACUCCUCCAUGCACCAGUAUCCCAUGGGGCCUCGGCAGCAGCAUCACCCAGACUCCUGCACAGAUUCUGUCCACAGUUUUGAUCUGGACUACAGGGACCAGAGAGGAACCAGUCCAGUGGAAAGUAGUCGCUUUGGGUCAUCAGGAAACCUGAGCCAGACCAGCUCCCAGCUUAGUGAAACAGGCCAGGAGAGCACAGGAGGGUCAGAACUGGAAGAGUCCUUCCACUCUUACCACAGUUCUAGCUUUCACCCUUCAACCAAUGGGCAGGCACGCACCAAUGGACAUCAAACCACCAAUGGACAUCAUACUACCAAUGGACACUCUCCUGUUACUGAGAAAGAGAGACAUAGGUUUUCCCCUGAAUUAGGACAGGCCCUGAAAAACGAUACUCCAGCUGAGAGAGGGUCCUCUAAACUCCUGAGGUUCCAUGAUGACGGGCCACCAUUACCCUUUACUCCAUCCAGAGUUCGUUGGUUGAAGGCCAUCAAUAAAGUCAGGGUUCAGCUCCGAGAGGUUCGAGAUGAAGAACCCAAUGCUCGACAAGCCUGGGUCAAACCAGGUGGCGGAUCUGGUCUGUAUGGAAUUGACAGCAUGCCAGACCUGCGUAAAAAGAAACCUAUCCCCUUGGUCAGCGAUGUGGCUAUGUCUCUCGUCCAAGCCAGGAAGGCUGGGAUCGCAUCUGCCAUGGCUGCUCGGUCCUCAAUCAAGGAUGAGGAGCUGAAAAACCAUGUGUACAAGAAGACCCUGCAGGCUCUCAUCUACCCCAUAUCCUGCACUACUCCACACAACUUCGAGGUGUGGACUGCCACGACACCUACUUACUGCUAUGAGUGUGAGGGGCUGCUGUGGGGAAUCGCCCGCCAAGGCAUGCGUUGCUCUGAGUGUGGGGUCAAGUGCCAUGAGAAGUGCCAAGAGCUGCUGAAUGCUGACUGUCUACAGCGUGCUGCAGAGAAGAGUUCUAAGCAUGGAGCUGAAGACCGGACUCAGAAUAUCAUCAUGGCCAUGAAGGACAGGAUGAAGAUCAGGGAGAGGAACAAACCAGAAAUCUUUGAACUUAUUAGGGAAGUGUUUAUCAUCAGCAAAGCUAUCCAUGCACAGCAGAUGAAGACCAUCAAGCAGAGCGUACUGGAUGGAACCUCAAAGUGGUCGGCCAAGAUUACCAUCACAGUCGUUUGUGCCCAAGGACUUCAGGCAAAGGACAAGACAGGAUCCAGUGAUCCAUAUGUCACUGUUCAGGUGGGCAAGACCAAGAAGAGAACCAAGACCAUUUAUGGCAAUCUCAAUCCUGUCUGGGAGGAGAAGUUCCACUUUGAGUGCCACAAUUCUUCAGACCGAAUUAAAGUGCGUGUGUGGGACGAAGACGAUGACAUCAAGUCUAGGGUGAAGCAGCGUCUGAAGAGGGAAUCUGAUGAUUUCCUGGGCCAGAGUAUAAUUGAAGUUCGAACGCUGAGCGGAGAAAUGGAUGUCUGGUACAACCUGGAGAAGAGGACAGACAAGUCAGCCGUGUCGGGUGCCAUUCGCCUCCAAAUCAACGUGGAGAUCAAAGGAGAGGAAAAAGUGGCUCCGUAUCACGUGCAGUACACCUGUUUGCACGAGAACCUGUUCCACCACUCCACUGAUAUGCUUGGCCAAGGUGUGGUUAAAAUCCCAGAAGCUCGUGGAGACGAUGCCUGGAAAGUCUACUAUGAUGAUGUGGCACAGGAAAUAGUGGACGAAUUUGCGAUGCGCUAUGGAAUAGAGGCAAUCUACCAGGCCAUGACGCACUUUGCCUGUCUGUCGUCUAAGUACAUGUGUCCCGGCGUUCCUGCAGUGAUGAGCACCCUGCUGGCCAAUAUCAAUGCCUUCUACGCCCACACAACCGCCUCCACCAAUGUGUCCGCUUCCGACCGCUUUGCUGCGUCCAAUUUUGGGAAAGAACGCUUUGUCAAGCUUUUAGACCAGCUCCAUAACUCCUUGCGCAUUGACCUCUCGACAUACAGGAACCACUUUCCUGCCAGCAGCAAGGAUCGCCUGCAGGAUUUGAAAUCCACCGUGGACCUUCUAACUAGCAUCACCUUCUUCAGGAUGAAGGUCCAGGAGUUACAGUCUCCUCCUAGAGCCAGCCAGGUGGUGAGGGACUGUGUCAAGGCCUGCCUCAACUCCACAUACGACUAUAUCUUCAAUAAUUGUCACGAGCUGUACAGCAGACAAUACCAUCCUAAUGACACGAACAAAGAGGAGCUCCCCUUAGAGGAGCAGGGUCCGAGCAUCAAGAAUUUGGACUUCUGGCCCAAACUCAUCAUGCUCAUCGUGUCCAUCAUUGAGGAGGACAGGAACUCCUACACACCAGUGCUCAACCAAUUCCCUCAAGAACUGAACGUAGGGAAGGUGUCAGCGGAGGUCAUGUGGACAUUGUUCGCUCAAGACAUGAAGUAUGCUAUGGAAGAGCACGAGAAGCACAGGCUGUGUAAGAGCACUGACUACAUGAACCUGCACUUCAAGGUCAAGUGGCUUUACAAUGAAUAUGUCAAGGAGCUGCCAAACUUUAAAGGCGUCGUUCCUGACUACCCAUCAUGGUUCCUACAAUUUGUGCUACAGUGGUUGGAUGAAAAUGAGGAUGUAUCUAUGGAAUUUAUGCAUGGAGCCUUAGAGAGAGACAAGAAAGACGGAUUCCAGCAGACAUCUGAGCACGCUCUGUUCUCCUGCUCUGUGGUGGACAUUUUCACCCAGCUCAACCAGAGCUUUGAGAUCAUCAAGAAACUGGAAUGUCCCGACCCUAACGUCAUGGCUCAGUACAGUCGCCGCUUUUCCAAGACUAUUGGCAAAGUUCUUCUGCAGUACAGUGCCAUUCUGACCAAGAGUUUUCCUUCUUAUAUCGACAAAGAGAAGAUUCCUUGUGUCCUGAUGAAUAACGUGCAGCAGUUAAGAAUCCAGCUGGAGAAGAUGUUUGAGUCGAUGGGUGCCAAACAAAUGGACACCGAGGCCAGUGACUUACUGAACGACCUGCAGGUGAAGUUGAACAACGUGCUGGAUGAUCUCAGCAGUACAUUUGGGAACAGUUUUCAGAGCCAUAUCAAUGAUUGCAUGCGGCAGAUGGCAUCUCUGCUUAACCAGAUCAAAGGACAGAUCAACGCCAGCAACAAAAACCAGGUGGAGGCCGAUUCUGACACCAUGCUACGGCCACUCAUGGAUUUCCUUGAUGGAAAGCUCACACUGUUUGCCACUGUAUGUGAGAAGACUGUGUUGAAGCGUGUGCUCAAGGAGCUAUGGAGGAUCGUAAUGACCAGCCUGGAGAAGACUAUUGUCCUGCCACAGGGCAGCACCUUUGGUGCACAGAUUCUCUCAGCUGCAAAAGAACUGGGUCAGCUCUCCAAGCUCAAGGAUCACAUGGCAGGGGAGGCUAAAAGCCUGUCUCCCAGGCAGUGUGCUGUCAUGGAUGUGGCACUAGACACGAUCAAGCAAUACUUCCAUGCAGGAGGCAACGGGCUGAAGAAGGCAUUCCUGGAGAAAAGUCCUGAGCUCUCCUCACUACGCCACGCUCUGUCCCUCUACACUCAGACAACAGACACACUCAUCAAGACCUUUGUGACCACCCAACAUGCACAAGGUCCAGGCGUGGACAAGCCAAUAGGUGAAGUGUCUGUCCAGACUGAGCUGCACACUCACCCUGGGAACGGGGAGCGGAAAGUUACUGUCAAAGUGAUAGGAGCCAAUGAUUUAAAAUGGCAGACAUCCGGCAUGUUCCGACCCUUUGUGGAGAUCACUAUGAUCGGGCCUCACCUCAGCGACAAGAAACGCAAAUUCCAGACCAAGUCCAAGAAUAACAGCUGGUCUCCCAAGUUUAAUGAGACCUUCCACUUUGUUCUGGGUAAAGAGGAUGGCUUCGACUGCUACGAAUUGCAGGUCUGCGUCAAAGAUUACUGCUUUGGCCGAGCGGACAGAGUGGUCGGUUUGGCCGUUAUACAGUUAAGAGACAUCAUGGGGAGAGGCAACUGCGCGUGCUGGUGCCCACUUGGCGAACGCAUCCAUAUGGACGAUACGGGCCUCACCGCUAUGCGAAUUCUCUCUCAGCGUUCCAACGAUGACGUGGCCAAGGAGUUUGUGAGGCUGAAAUCAGAAACUCGCUCAGCUGAGGAGGGCAGAUGAGGAGAGCAGGAGGGGGAUAGAGAGAGACAGAAGGAUGGAAGGUUCUGCUGAUUUCACAGCCUUUACAAAAAGCGGGGAAUAUCUUCCAUAGAUGGCCAUAUGGUCUCUUUCUUAGACCUUGGAUGUUUCUUAGCUGCUGUCGACUGUUUGGUGGCACCUUGCAAAGAUCACCGGCACACUGUCACAUUCACACUGGGUAUUUUGGACACUGUUUUUGUUCCUCAAUCAUUCACGUUAUUAACCAAGCGACUGCACAGCACACGACCACACAGACACGGGCUCACUCAACCACACUCGCCAGCUGUUUGACCACUUACUCUGUUAUUUAACCUCUGUUUCCCACUCUUGUCAUCAGCUAGAGUGGCACAGUGAGCACGCCACAGCCUCGAGGGAACAGAGGACACCAGGCCCCGCUGGAGGGCCAAAACGAGUUCCCACACCUCCCCAGUGUUGUUGUGCAAUAACCCCACCUGAACCCCUUUGAACCGUGGCCAUGUGUUUGAUGCCUUACAUCUGAGAGCUGUGAAUGUGUGAAGUAAAAAAAAAAAAGUCUUUUGAAUGCCCGAAUACUGUAGCUCCACUGUUUGGUUUUAGUAAAUAUGAAAACACUGCAUUUCUUUUUAAUGACCGAAUGGCUGGUAGCUAGGAGACAGUCCUAGUUUUUAAGGUCUGUUGAUUAUUAAAAAGUAGUGAUGCUGAGGAAAUAUGUACAGUUAAUGUUUCAGAGGAAGGUACUUCAACUAAUAACCCUUAAUCGUGCCCCUUAAUGUAGAGGAAUGAUCAUUUAAAUGUGUGCCUUGCCAUGUUAAGUUUUCCAUUCUCUACUAAAGACAACAGUCAUAUGAUCAGUGUAUAAUUCAAGUGGUGAACUCAACAAUAUCAUUUAAAUUACAAAUGGGACCAGCAGUGUGGACAAUGUAUGUGAAAGGUGAACCUGUUUUGGCCAUAUUUAUUAAGUACAAAGUCAAGUAAUAGUGUAACCAUGAUGGUGCAGACAUUUUAUUUAUAUUUUUAUACGUAUUUAUUUGUGUCUGUGCUUUUCAAAGCCCAUGAUUUAAAAUGUUGUUUACUGCCGGGGUUUGCCAGAACAGUGUGUUUGAGUAUUUGCACAGUCUGAAUGAGGUGCUGCUGCAGCGUGUUACACAUAAACUGCAGCGUAACUGAAGAGUUUCUUUAUAAAAUGAGAUAAACGCCCUCAGUAUAAAGUGACAACCUAGUAUUUUGUUAUGAAAUUAAUAACAAAGUUGUGUCCUUGACUGACAGUAGUGAUCACUGUCUUUUGUUCAUUUAUAGUAAAUUAAUAUUACAUGUUGAACUUUCAGGUAACAACUUUAUCUUCCAAAAAAAUAUAUAUAUAUCUGAACAUUUGAACUCAAGCUCCUCAGCUGCCAAGUCGAUAAGGAGUGUAGAAUUACUUAUGGUUUACAUACAUCUUCCUGCUUUGUCUAUCAGUGGCCUUACUUUGGUGAAUAAAAAAACAUAGUGUGUAUUUCUUUUUAUUUAUUUUUUUUUAAUCCUUGUAUUUGCUUUGGCCCUCAGCAAUGAGGUUUUAACCACUUCUUUGCCCAUAAGUUUUAAAGAUACAAAUAAGUUUUCCAAGUGAUGUUCCUUAUCAUUUUCUACUUUUAUCUUUGAUGAUAUUGCAAAAGUAACUGUAUCUAGACUGGGCUUUCUUUGCAGUCUGUUAUAUUUUGUGUUAUUUGUCCACUGAUGUUUUGUAAAUGUUUCCCUUAAAUCGUCUUUUAAUAGGAAUAAUGUCAAUUAAAUGAUGUUUUAUGGACAGGAGGAGUUAUAUACAGUGCAAUGUGUGCCAGUGAAUUUGUUUCUAACUGAUGGAAGAAUAUUAAAAUGUAGCUUUUAAGGAAGGAUGGAUGUUGCUUUAAUAAGAGAACUUCGACGUGUGCACAUUUUUAAACCGAUGACACUCUUUAGAAACCAGAUUCCUCUUUGUUACAGUACAUGAUCCCUUGUAAAUACAUGUUUCAUAGCCAUUCUUUAAUAUACAUGUUCCUUGUGCCAAGUUCAAAGUGUUCACUUUUUGAUUUUUUUUUUUUUAUUUCUGUAUUUUCUAAAUUUGUUAACCCUUGCACUUUCACUAAAUCACUGCAAUAGUUAACAAGUACAGUAUAUCAGUGGUGUUUUCUUUUUAUUGUCACUGCUCUGAAAUGUAAUUGUCACCAUGUAAACAUUCUGAUUAGUGAAUUUUGUAUAAAGUAUUUGAGAAGUAUCUAUAA